AUUUAUUUUCGUUCUACUCGACAAUUCCAAAAAUCAGUGCCAUUGGCUUUAGCUUUGCCCUUGAACUUGAAAUCUCGUGCCUUAUUCUUUCUUGGGGACUGGUGUUGGAUAUUGAACGGGCGGAGUUACCGCCGUGAUCAGUGAUGGAUGAAGGAGAUGAUGGCCUAAUCUUGGCUGCGCGCAUUCUCAUUUUCGCGUGGCCUGCCACUAGUGUUUGAUUCACGAAGGGUGUCACAGGCAUAGCUGGAGGAAGAAAGGUGAUGUGAACUUCAGAAGUUCUGCCAUCGCAGCACUGUAUAGAGGGCCAUUAGAGGCUGUGUAGGCUGUAUGUAGCAUUGUUUGAUUUAGCUCAGUGCUGAGCUUGCACCACACCACAGGUAGCAUAUUGAGUAUUAUUUUAACGUUAUCCAUAUUACUUGAACCGCUCUGUGAGCGGUUCUGAAAAACCUUUACUGGCGCUGCCCCGUCGUAAAAGUAAGAAAUUAAAACUGGCUCAUUGUACCCCCAAAUGUGAACUGCCGGAUCCACCUAAAUCGCAAAUGACGUGACCCGAACGCAGCAGUAGCACGAGGGUGCACUUCUGGUGUGCCGCACGGCUCUGUUCUAGGACCCAUGCUGUUCUCCAUAUACACCAGAGAUGUCCCCUCGGAAUCUUCGCCGGCAUCAUCACUGCAGUUUGCGGAUGACAUCGCCCUGGCAUGUGCAAGACGGACAGCGCAAGAGGUGUCUGAUGCGCUCAGCUUGGCGGUUACCUCCCUCUCAAGUUGGCUGGACGCUCGUGGUCUUGUAUUAAAUGCAAAGAAGAGCAAUGUAUUGGUUUUUACCAGCAGCAGUGGGCAGCAGCCGGACGUGGUUGUACGCUGUCGAAAUGAUGUCCUUCCGCACACCAAUUGUCGUUCUACUCGACAAUUCCAAAAAUCAGUGCCAUUGGCUUUAGCUUUGCCCUUGAACUUGAAAUCUCGUGCCUUAUUCUUUCCUGGGGACUGGUGUUGGAUAUUGAACGGGCGGAGUUACCGCCGGGAUGUUGGAUGAAGGAGAUGAUGGCCUAAACUUGGCUGCGCGCAUUCUCAUUUUCGCGUGGCCUGCCACUAGUGUUUCGCAGAUUCACAAAGGGUGUCACAGGCAUAGCUGGAGGAAGAAAGGUACGUCAUAUGGAUGGAGUGGACUUGGUGUGGCCGGAAACAUUGCGCGCUUUGCAGCAGGAGGCCACCAACCGACUGGUCGACAUGAAAUAUCCCAAAGUGCAAAAGUACUGCCUGAUGAGCGUCGGUGGCUGCUACACAGAUUUCCGUAUCGACUUUGGUGGCACAUCCGUCUGGUAUCACAUUCUCAAUUGUGGAAAGGUUCCGCAGAAGUUCCGCUUUCCCUUCUUCACGCAGCUCAUGUGGUACGCACUGGACAAGUACGCGCACUCUCUGCGUUACUACCUGGAACAGUUUCACGGGUACAAGCCUGAUGACAGUACCACCAUCACACCCACUGGCACCAUCGUCAUGGACACCAUCGUCAUGGACGCCAUAGAUACUGUGGACAACACCAUCGACAUUGCAAUGGACACCACCAUUGACACUGCCAUGGACACAAGUACUAGCGGCAAGGAGAAAGAAGAGAGCGAUACUUCCCACACUGCUUCAACUACUGCUGAUGCUACCGAGCCGAGUGAUGCGAAGUGUGAGACCGAGAGCGUUGCAACACCAGAGCCACCUGUUGCCGACGCCACCCCGGCAAAGUCCACACGCGUUGAGAAAGCGCACGUUUCCGACAGCCCGUCCUCCGCUAGUCCCAGAAUGCGGCGUCGCAAGGCUGCAAUCGCCGCGGCCGCCGCCAUUUCUAUCUUGUAUCUUGCAGGUAUAUCAUCUCGUGACGACCACAUUUAAGUCUGAAUUUGAAGUGCGAAGAUGCUUCAGCAACCACAUCGUACUUUUCCAUUGCUUUCAUUGUGCUUCUACUGUGCAUGUGUGUAACUUGUGGGGUAUAUUAUGUGAUGACAUUGUAUGCUGGCGACACGGUCAGAUUUUGUCCAUGCGUGUAACGUACACCUGCAUGUUAUGCAUUGAAAAGGAUCUGCCACUUGCGAUCCUGGGACAAGUAUCAGGUCAGCUUUGUCUUGUGUGGGCUGUACCAGAUUGCUGUUCACUUUUCCAUCUGUUGGAUAUGUGACUUUCUGCAAGUUUCUGGUGUAUGGUGGCCACUUCUUUGCUUGUCACUUUGUAUGAUAUUACAUUCUGUAUUCGCUGCUUCCAUGGCGUGGUCUGCAAACUGCAAUCCUUGGGCAAAUGUCAUGUUUGCUAUGUUGUGCUUUGGCCGUCAGCUUGUCUACACGUUGUAGUUGAAUUAUUUUGUUCCACAACUGACUUCCUUUUAAAAGUACGGUGGCCACUGCUUUGCAUGGCAUUUUA